AUGACCUCACCGUCGCUCUCCUCCUCAUUCGUGGUACCUCCGUCCCCAACCGCGUCCUCCUCGUCCGGCGAAGAGUCCGAGUCGCCAGUGGUCGUGUACCGCCCGCCAACGGUCAUCUCACUCGUGAGGACCGCGGCGAUAAACCUCAUCCUCCCGUUUAUCAAUGGCCUCAUGUUGGGUUUUGGGGAGCUCUUUGCGCACGAACUUGCGUUUAGAUGGGGCUGGGGUGGUACUAGGGUGUUCCCACUACACAGGGCCACAAGAGCGGUAGGGCCGGGUAUUGAGGUUAGGGAGAGGAAGAGGACGAGGGAUGAAUUGGCGGAUUUGACCAGCCUCGAGUAG